AUGUCGGGAAGAAAACGAACCUCCACAAGCGUACAAAGUGGGAGGAAAAGGGUCCGCAUCGGAACUGCCGUCAAAGUAAAAGCAGAUCCAGCAGCAGCAGCAGCAGGAGAUGCUACUACUGCCGUGGACACCACGAAGGUUUCCCAAGCCAGUGUCAAGGCACGUUUCGAGGCCCUCUUGAAUGAGCCCCAAUACAAGAAUGGUGCUCCCAACAAGGUGAUUCAAGAGAAUUUUGCAACUAAGGAGGAGCAGAAAUAUUUGGUGGAAACCAUCAAUGAAUUAUCCAGAGGGUCCCGACUCACAAUGAGCAAAAUGGACAAUCAGCUCUUUUACACGAUAGUGGAUGAAGAGGUAGCCCAAAAGUAUCAGGGAUUGGAUGCCAAUGACCGAUUAGUCUUGCAAGUAAUUGAAAAGGCUGGUAACAAGGGAAUUUGGACCAAAGAAAUUCGGUUGCAGACAAAUAUGCAUCCACAACCACUCAACAAAAUUUUCAAGCACCUCGAGCAAAGACGUUUGAUCAAACCAGUAAAGUCCGUCAAUGCCAAGGCGAAGAAGUUGUACAUGUUGUACGACUUGAGACCGUCCAAGGAAAUUACUGGUGGUGUAUGGUACAGCGGACUGGAAUUCGAUCACGAAUUCAUUUCCGAGUUGCGAACCUUUGUCAUUCAAUGCAUCAAGAAACUUAAUGAUGGCAAAGGAGUGACUAUGACGGAAAUUAAACUAAAGAUGAAACAAGUGAAGGUAUCCAAAGUGGAGCUUACAAUAGAAGAAGUUCAACAAUUGGUGCAGACACUGGUGUAUGAUAACUUGAUUGAAGAAGGUCCCCUGAGCAACAGUGGAGAAGUUCGAUUCAUUGCGGCGCGAAGAAUAUCCACCAUGUGCGAUUUCAAGUGGUGGGAUUGCUUGUCACCAGACUUUCACUUUCGGCCAAUUCGGUUUGAAGACGGCGUGAUUCUUGCCGCUCAUGAACUGCAUCAUCAUACAGCCUAA